UCCACUCCUUAAUUCCGCUUCCUGCCCAUCGCCAGUCGACAACUUAUCCAGUCCCUUCCACCACCACACUCCUUUGUCGCGAUCCGAUUGAACUGCUCGUGUCAUCCAUAGACACCUAAACCACACCACUCCGGUCGAACUCGCAACCACCCACCACCACCACCACCACCACAACUCCCACACACAUCCACAACCUCUCCCUCCAGACCACCGCCAAAAUGGGCAACGUCAUGUCCCUCGGCUUCAUGGCCAAGCUCUUCGGCACCAAAGAAGUCCGUGUACUCAUGCUCGGUCUCGACGCCGCCGGCAAGACCACCAUCCUCUACAAGCUCAAGCUACAAGACCACGUCACCACCAUCCCCACGGUCGGCUUCAACGUCGAGACGGUCACCCUCCGAAACAUCAAGUUCAACAUCUGGGACGUCGGCGGCCAGGACAAGAUCCGUCCCCUCUGGCGCCAUUACUACUCAGGUACCCAGGGUCUGAUUUUCGUGGUGGACAGCGCGGACCAUAACAGAAUCGACGAGGCGCGGGUGGAGUUGCAUCGGAUUAUCAAUGAUCGCGAGAUGAAGGACUGCUUGUUGUUGGUGUUUGCUAACAAGCAGGAUAUUGCUGGUGCCAUGACUCCCCAGGAAGUCACCGAGAAGCUCCAGCUCAACAAGCUCAAGGACCGCAUCUACGCCGUACAACCCACCAUUGCGAUAGACAAGGCCGGUCUGCAGGAGGGCUUCAACUGGCUGUCCGAUAACAUGAAGGCUGCCCAGAAGCAGUGAUCGAUUUCUAGCCUCGAUCGAUUGCGACAUCAAUAAAACACACACAGGGAGGGCCGCCCGCUCGGAGUCGACGUAUGGGAUCUGACUGGUUGGCCG